AUGUCAGUAAUACAUAUAUCAAAAGAGUCCGAUGUUAUCAUUCUUGAUCAAUUUAAAUUUUUGAGUAAUAUCUAUGAAAACACAAUUGAUACGCAUCAAAAAAAAAAUAUUAGAAAAAGUUUAAACUGGUCAAAAGAUUUGUUUAAUGUUGAAAAACCAUUUCGAACAACUAUUGAAAAUAAAAAUAAAAAACGAAAAUUAGACGAGUUCUUAGCCGACGACAAUUUAUCUAUUGCAAAGUUAAAUCAUGCUGUGGUUGAAUGUAAAAAUGUAUUAUCAAGUGAACCGUCAUUUUCCGAGUCACAAAGUGAACAUUCUUUUGAUACCAUCCCAUUUGCCAUGAUCGCUACACAACAAAAAAAAUGUUUAAACCCGAUCAACCGAAUCACAUUAAAUGAUUAUUUUCUUAAUGCAUCCAAGCUUGGUUUGAAACCAAAUAUUCUUUAUUCACAUGAGUAUCUACAUCCAUGUCAAAUAAAUACGAUCUUUGGUGAUAUUGUUUUACCAGCACAAUGUCGAUUUCUUUGGUCAGAUUUUGAAAAUAUCAAUAUAUUAUUAGAUGGUAUGAGAACGGACAUUUACAAUUGGUCUGAUCUUGAACAGAUAAAAGCUUUACCAAUUGAAUUACUUACAAAUAACAACGAUUCAUCUUCAUCACUUAUUUGUUGUUGGUCUACAAAUUGUUCACGAAUAGAAGACUACAUUAAAAAUGAUUUGUUUCCAAAAUGGAAAUGUCUAUAUUUAUCGACGUGGCAUUGGUUAAAGGUUACGCGAUCUGGCGAUCCUGUUCUUGAUUUCACGUCAAAACAUAAAAAAUCUUAUGAAACAUUGAUCAUCGGUUUUACCGGUGUGGAUGAUGAAAGAUUUAGUAGUUUAAAAAAUUCGCAUAAAAUUAUUUGUAGUAUUCCAGCAUUAGUACACUCUUGUAAACCACCAUUAUAUGGUUAUGUUCGAGUGUUUCUUUCAAUCGUAUCAUUUUAUUUUAUGCCGACACAUCCUAAAAUAACGUUAAUAUGUUAUCUGACAAGUCAAUUUCUUGAUGCUCUGGAUGGUCAUGCAGCUCGUGCUUUAGGACAAAGUACGAAAUUUGGUGCCAUGUUUGAUAUGCUAACUGAUCGCUGUUCAACCAUGUGUUUAUGUUUUGUAUUGACCAUGUUUUAUCCAAAAUGGGCAUUAUUUUUUCAAUUAUGGGCUGCGAUAGAUGUUGCAAGCCAUUGGCUUCAUUUGCAUGUAGCAACAAUGAAAGGCUCUGAAAGUCAUAAAAAGAUCGAUCUGUCGGGAAAUCCAAUUCUUCGUCUCUAUUAUACAUCUAGAAAGGUCCUGUUUGUAAUGUGUGCCGGCAAUGAACUUUGGUUUUCAAUGUUGUAUAUGUUACAUUUUACAGAAGGACCGGCAUUGAUUCGCGUUGGUUUAUAUACCGUUGGUUUAUUUCGUUCAAUCUUAUAUUUGACGACACCUAUUAUGAUUAGUAAACAAAUCAUCAGUUUAAUACACUUAUAUACGGCAUCAUUAGACAUGGCAACAAUUGAUGAAGAUGAACGAGCUAAAGCAAAAAUGCGCUAA